UCACUCCAAUUUGGGUGGUUUUUCCUUCGUGUUUCCCCCCCCCCCCGUCUCCUCGCAGGCCGAUGUGCAACCUUCCCAAGAUGUCCGCCGGCCCCUCCGCCUCCGCCCCACAGGCCCUGGUUAGACCAAAGCCACUCCUUUCUAAGUUAUUAAAACUUGCUGGUGCACAGAAAGACACUUUUACAAUGAAGGAGGUCAUAUUUUAUCUUGGCCAGUAUAUAAUGGCAAAACAACUCUAUGAUGAAAAGCAGCAACAUAUUGUCCAUUGCUCAAAUGAUCUUCUUGGAGAUCUGUUUGGAGUACCAAGCUUCUCUGUGAAAGAACACAGGAGAUUGUAUGCAAUGGUUUCCAGAAACUUGAUCGCAGUCAGCCGUCAAGAACCUGUAGGGGCAGAGACAAGUAACAGUGAGACCAGGUGUCAGCUGGAAACCGGGACUUCUCCAAAGGAGACAGUGCAAGAGUUGCCAGAAGAGAAACCUGCAUCACCAAAUUUAACUUCUAGACCAACUACCUCAUCUAGGAGGAGGACUCAUAGUGAAACAGACGAGACCUUAGAUGAACUAUCCGGUGAAAGACAGAGGAAACGACACAAAUCAGAUAGCAUUUCGCUCACCUUCGAUGAAAGCCUUGCACUUUGUGUGAUAAGCGAGCUGUGCUGUGAACGGAGCAACAGCAGUGAAUCAAAUGACAUUCCUUCCAAUCCAGAUCUGGAUACUAGGUCUUCGAGUGAAAAUUCUGAUGAUUGGUGUGAUCGAGAUUCCAUUUCAGACCAGUUUAGUGUUGAGUUUGAAGUUGAAUCUGUUGACUCUGAAGAUUAUAGCCACAAUGAAGAAGGGCAGGAGCUCACAGAUGAAGAUGAUGAGGUAUACCAAGUAACUUUGUAUCAAACAGAAGAAAGCGACGCAGACUCAUUUGAUGAAGAUCCUGAAAUAUCCCUGGCAGAUUAUUGGAAGUGCUCUUCUUGUGACGAGAUGAAUCCCCCGCUCCCAUCCCACUGCCACAGAUGUUGGUCUCUCCGGGAGAACUGGCUUCCCGACGAGAAGGCCGAGUCGCUUGAGGAGGGCAACCUGGAAAGCUCCACCCAAGAAGAAGCGGGCUUCGACGUUCCCGACUGUAAAAAGAUUAAAGUGACGGAAGCUAAAGAAUCGUCUGCUGAAGGAAGCGAGGACCCAGGCAAAACGCUGGAAUCCCAAGAGAGCGAGGAGUACUCCCAACCGUCCACUUCGAACAGCGUCAUCUGUAGCAGCCAAGAGGAUGCCAAGGAGUCGGGGCGAGAAGAAUCCCGAGACAGAGAGGAAAACGAGGACUCCAAGCUUCCCCUUAGCACGAUAGAGCCCUGCGUCAUUUGUCAGAGCAGGCCGAAAAACGGCUGCAUCCUCCACGGCAGGACGGGACACCUCAUGGCCUGUUUCACGUGCGCCAAGAAGCUGAAAAAACGCAACAAGCCGUGUCCGGUGUGCAGGCAGCCGAUUCAGAUGAUCGUGCUGACUUAUUUCAGCUAGGCGUGAUGGACCUUAAGUGGGGGCAAUAAGUCCAGGAACUUGAAACUUGCAUAGGUGGCCUACCUAAAAUUUUAAAUUUAUUUAAAGUUUUAUUUUUAUAUAGUUCUCAAACAAGUUACUGAUUCAGAGCCCCUAAUCAAAUGUGUUUCUUUUUGGCUCUAAAGAAGUAGAACAGGGCGCCGCACCGCUGUUGUCGGGUGAGGGGAGGUUUUUGAGGUCCCCGGUAACGAAACCAUCUUGCAGACGCGUUUUUCCCCGCCACUUAGCUCCUCCUUGCCGAUUCCUUUUCCGAACUGGAAGGGGUGUCAGGGCCUCGAGCAGGCCAGAGGCCAGCAGCCCGUCGUUAACCACGCAUCCGCCCAGCCCAGGUUGGAUUCCGGUACCGAGGCGCCCCAACGGUGUGAGAAGGGGGCCUGGAUCUUGCCGAGGGGUAGGGAAGACCCGGGUUUUUUUCCGAUCACCCGAGAUCUCUCCGUGGUCGAGGGGGAAUUGCAGUCCUCUGACGACCACCUGAGUCAAAAUGCCACAGCUUUUGUGUAGCAGUGCCCCUCCUGAAAGGUCCUAGAAGCUGGGGUGGGGCUGGGGGACAAGUAUGCUAUGACUUGGCCCAAGUUUAUGCACGUUGAGUGGAACCCCAUUCUUUGAACACGCCCUCGAAAAGCAGUGGAUACAGAUGCACGAAAAGGUAAUGCAGAAAAUACUUCCAAAAGUUUUCUGAUCAUCUUAGGUUUUAGGUUGUAAAAAAAAAAAUCCCUCAAAGAAAAUUGCAGAUUGCACCUAGACAGUCUCUGUAGACUAAUUGCAAGUGAAUCAACUCUGUUCCUAGAUCACAGUAAAGCCAGGCAUCCUCUCUCACUGGUAACCAGGUUGAUAAUAUCCCCCGCUUCUCUCAGAGGCUGCUCUGCAUCUUAUAUCCUAGUUCUACCUCAGGUAUUUAGUAUACCCCUUUUUUCCCCCACUUCACGGAAAGAGGAAGCUUGUGUUUUUGGGGGGUUUUUUUCACUUCCUCCUCCUACGAAGUGCGAAUCAGGCGUGAAGAAAGGUGACUUGGGUGUUUAGCUGAAGCAUCUUGACUGUGGGCUCCUGUUUAGCGGGAGACUAGCACCUCUUCCUUAUUGGCAUCUCGGCUGCUUGCCUUUCCCUCCCAACUUCCUUUUCGAGGCCGGUCAGUGCCUCCCGGAAUCCACCUGGUUUUCCGUCGCCGUAAUAAAACGUUCCCUCACUUUCCAGCUCAGAGGAUCCAGGGGGAAAUCCAGGUCGCAGCUUCUCCAUUGCCAUCUGGCCCAGCUUUCUAGCCUUUCCUGAGGUUGAUGGCUACUCCUUCAGUCCUUUCCUCCUUGGGUUUGACCCCAGAACGAAAGAGAGGAAAAUGGCUUUUUAGCUGGUUCCACCGGCAACUCGUGACUGAUUGCAUUAAGAAGAGACGAGCUCCUUAACUGAGGUAAGAAAGUCAAGGGCUUAUUUGGUGAGGUCCUCUACGCAGUGAGAAGUCAAACAGAAAUUGCUAUCACUGCAUCCUGCUGUAAUUAUUUGUUGUCCGGUUUUUGCCAGCCGUGGGCCGUUUGACGAGCAGCCCCCAUUCCCAACAUCGGCAAAUGUUGUGUAUUGUGCUGCCGCAGCCCCAGUAGGGAAAAAAGGCAGUAUCUGUUGAACCUUUUAUCAAUUCAGUUGGACACAGGCCUCCACUGCGAACCAGGAGCCAGGUUAGAACGCAGCCACCGAGCUGAAGACCAAUAUUCAAUAGCAAGGAGGUCCAAGGCUGGAAGCAAAAGCCUGAUCAGUCAUCUAGAAUUUUCUCUGCCCACAGUCCAUUAUCGUAGAAGCCAACGAAAUCAAAAUCUAACCAGACCUGAGGCCCCCCACUAGGGCUUUUUGCUGUCACAGUCUUAAGGAAUGAGAAAUAGACCUCAGACCCUCUUGACCCACUCCUCUUGACCCACUGAAUAACCAAAGCAUCAGAUCAGAGCGCUUAUAAAUGCAUAUAAACUCUGAAAACUCACCAACAAUCCACGGUCCCUGGCCUCUGCUGCCUUGUUUGUUUAAGAGGGUCUGCCAGCCUGCAAACUCCAGGCCACAAUGAUCCCAUCUCCGUCGGCGGCAUCGAAAGUGAAACCGAAAAUAUUCUGCUCCGAGGAAAGGUAGGCACUAUAUUCGCGGAGAUUUUUUUGGCAGUUUGGGGUGGAGAGGGCGAGAAAGAGUCGGCCAGGUUUUGCUACAAGCGCUGACGGGUGUUGCAAUCUUAGCUCCGUGAAGUGGCGUUUAUAGCAAAGAAUGUUAGUUUUAACAUACUGUAUUGUUUCUAGAAAAGCAAAUCCAAUAUAUUAACGUGUUUAAUCCAAUUGUUCUUUUAUAAGAAAAUCCAAUAAAAAAAAAAGUGAAUCGGUCCUAAACUUUGAGAGAUUUCUCUGUUGAAAAGUUUCAGGAUUGUACUGUGAGGGAUCAAAUGAAAACCCGGGCACUCAGAAUUAAAGCGUGAAAUUCCUUGUCAUUAAAGUUAAUAAAAUUGAUGUGGAAAAUGU